AUGAAAGCGAUUGCUAUAGCACUGGUAGCCUGGCUCUGCGAUUGGGGAACAAGAACAAGAACAAAAACACCGUGGUGCCUCCUUCCGGUCAACCAGCUAACCACGGUGAUGUUGAAAGAGGCGGAGUUACUAAUAAAAGCAGUAGCAGAACCAAGGAUGGUGGCAUGUGGUGGUGGUGGCGGUGGAGGUUAUGGGGGUGGUGGGUGUGGAGGGGGUUGGGGGGGCUAG